AUGACUCGUGAUAAAAUAUUGAUAGCUUAUAACAAGAAUGCUGACUUUCAUCAUUUUGAUACCAUCAAGAAGAUUUUCGAUGGGUGUCUCGAUACAGUGGAAUACAAAGCAACAGAUUCGAUACUGAAGGGAUUACAAUGGAAGACAAAAUAUUAUUCCGCAGACUUCGAUUUAUAUAUUGAUCGCUAUGAAUCUUUAGAUCAAUGGCUAGAUGAUCUUAAAGACCCUGAGUGCGAUGUCCUACGAGAUGCAUUAGCUGGGCUAAUCAUUAUUGAUGAUGUUGACCAGAAGCAAGUAUCCAUAUUGAAUAAAAAAGAUAGUCCAACUGUACAUGAAGAAUCCUUUUUAGUUUGGUGUAAUACCAAAGAUGAAUUUUCCCAGGAUGAAACUGAUGACAUGAACGUUCGAAUAGCAGUUGAUGGUGCAUCUUUGGAAAUUAUACGGUUACAUAGCGAAGAAAUGAAUGAGUUUAGUGAUACUGUUGGCAUAGAAAGAGUAAAAGAGAUUAUAGAUACUUAUCAAUGGCCUAAUAUGGUAAAAGAAUCAUUGGAAAAUUCUGUCAGAACAGGUAAAGCACCCUCAGAUAUGGAUAAUUUAGAUUCCAUUGUACAAAAGCUUAACAAUGCCAGAUCACAUUAUCAAUCAUUAGAUAAGGACAAUGAUGAAGCUGAUGCAAAUUCCUUCGCAGAUGAAAUAGCAAAAGAAGUAUCAGAAAGACUUGGCUUAUAG